CAGAGGCACAGAGCUUUUGAGAGAGCAACAGGAGAAAGCUCUGUGCCCUGUCUGCAUUCUUUUGAAUAUCCCCAGUUCUCCGUACACUGAUUUUUUUUUUUUUGAUUUUUUUUUUUGGCUUUGUGGUUUGUUUUACUUGGCUUUGCUUCUUUACAGCACUGGGAGCAGCGGUCCAGGUUGGGCUUAGCUUACCUGUUUACCUCUGAACUCCCAUUUUUAUUUUCUCCUCCCCCCUACUCAUCUGCAAAGGUGUACUGCACAUUUAUUUUUCUUUAUCCUUGAGUCGAAUGUGUGAUUUUUAAGUUGAAGACAAAAUGAGUAUAAAUGGUGGAUCGCAUACUCGGAUCAACACUCUAGGACGGCUACAUAGAGCAGAUUCUGGUCAGGAUCUCAUUGGCAUGAACAACCAUCACAAGAGGUUGCCCUCCUCGGUGUACCCCCAGAAGACGGUGUACACACAACAUUACAGCACCAGUGAAACCAUUGGAGAUGGCUAUGGGCAAGCUAGUACCAUGUCACGGCGCUCCAACACCAUUCAGGAUAUGUUCCAGACUAUAUCUGACCACCUGAUGCAAGCUGAAAAUAUAGUGCAAUAUGAAAUGAAAACUGGAGAUGGUCAGAUUCGAAGCAAGGAAGUUGAUGAGGCUCUUGGAAUUGCCAAUGAGCAGAUGGAAAUGGCUGAUGGCAUGAUACGGGAAAUGAUGAACAUGGGCCACCAAUGUGAUGGUUAUACUAGGAGGAUGCUUCAGCUUCAGGAUCAACAGCGUGCCCUUCAUAAAGCAAUUCAAAGUUCUCGCAUGCGCAAAGGAUCUCGGGGAGCAAGUGGUGGUGGUGGUGGUGGUGGUGGUGGUGGUGGCGGCUUUUCAUCGCAGAGUGGGUCAGGAUGGGAUGAUUACACAAAGCGCACCACUACAGAAACAUUAAAUCAGAUACGACAACACAGGCGUCAGAUGGAGCUUGUGGACUGGGGAUUUGACGCAAAUUCAGUUGAGCAGCAAAUUAGCACUCACAGAGUGUUCCAUAAUGCUAUUGCAGAAUACCGAUGGGAACUAGACAAAAUCAAAGUUGAUCUGAGAGAAAAGGGAGCAAUUUAUCAAAUAGAGGAGGAAUACGAUGCGUUAUUGAAAGCAUCUUUUGAAAGAAUGGAUCAACUGCGGCAGCUGCAGAACAUCAUCCAAGCGACCUCCAGAGAAAUCAUGUGGAUCAAUGACCGUGAGGAGGAAGAGCUGGUGUAUGAUUGGAGUGACCGGAACACUGAUAUCCCGAGAAAGCAGGAGGCCUUCUCUAAACUCAUGAGUCAGUUGGAAGUUAAAGAAAAAGACCUCAACAAAGUCAAGCAGGAAAGUGACCAGCUGAUCGCCAACCAUCACCCAGCAUCCGAUAAGAUUGAGGCAUACAUGGAUACACUACAGACUCAGUGGAGUUGGAUCCUACAGAUUACCAAGUGCAUUGACGUUCACCUGAAAGAAAAUGCUGCGUAUUUUCAGUUUUUUGAAGAGGCACAAGGGACAGAAACUUAUCUGACGAACCUCCAAGACACCAUAAGAAAGAAGUAUCCUUGUGACAAAUCUAUGUCACUGCAACGUGUCCUGGAAAUGAUAAAAGACCUAGAGAGAGAACGAGAGAAAAUUAAUGAAUAUAAAAGACAGGUGCAAAAUCUGGUAAAUAAAUCCAAGAAGAUUGUGCAACUUAAGCCACGCAACCCAGAUUACAAGAGUAAUAAGGCCAUUGUCCUCAAAGCUCUCUGUGACUACAAACAAGACCAGAAAGUGAUACACAAGGGAGAUGAAUGUCUCCUGAAAAACAACUCCCAACGCAGCAAAUGGAAUGUGACUGGCCCUGGUGGCCUUGACAUGGUUGUACCUUCUGUCAGCUUGAUUGUUCCACCCCCAAAUCCUGGAGCAGUGGAUCUAUCCACCAAGAUUGAGCAGUUCUAUGAGGCUAUAUUGAGCCUAUGGAACCAGCUUUACAUCAAUAUGAAAAGCUUGGUGUCGUGGCACUAUUGCAUGAUCGACAUUGAGAAGAUCAGAGCUAUGACCUUGGCUAAGCUCAAAACCAUGCGUCAAGAAGACUACCAAAGGGUUGUUACAGAUUUGGAAUUGCAUUAUCAAGAGUUUUUGAGAAACAGUCAAGGUUCAAACAUGUUUGGAGAUGAAGAAAAGCGGAAAAUGCAAUCUCAAUUCAGUGAGGCGCAGAAGCAUUACCAAACAUUGGUAGUCCAGCUCCCAAGCGUUCACACUAAAGUGACAGAACAUACUGUUGUACAGAGACAAGCACCAGUAGUCACAGGUGAGCGCAGAGAAAUAAGCAGUAGCUCCACUGUAGUGGUGGAUGGAAGUAGUAAAGAGAUCGACCGGGAUAGGGAAAAGCAGGAGAACUGGCUGCUACUUGAGCUACAGAAGAUCCGGAGAAGACUUGAAAGCCAUGAGACUCGAUUUUUGCAAAGAAACAUCUACAAUGUUGACCAGGAAACCUACAGAGAUUUAGGACACAGAAUAAAUGACUUUGAGACUUUGCGAGGAGAGGGCCAAGGACUCUCUUCAAACUUCAACAUCGUAAGAGAGACCAUGAUGAACUUAAAAGGUUCAGACAAAGCUUCAUACUUGCAGUCGGAGCUCAAUGUGCUCUUAAAGAAAAUGGAGAGCAUCAAUGGGUUUUCUGUGGAGCACUUGGAUAGGCUUCAGGCUUUGAGAAUUCUCCUGCAGAACAUCCUUCAGAUUGAAGAUCUGAUUAAGGUUUAUGAAGCCCGGUUGACAGAGGAAGAAACCAUUUCACUGGACCCUGCAAAGGUUGAAGCUUAUAGAAGUGCAUUGAAAAAAAUGAGAAUGGAACUGGAUCAGAAGAAAGCUCUUCUGAAAAAUAUGGAUACAGAAAUGAAAAGUGUACUGAAAAUAAAUGACCAUGUCUCUCAAACCUAUCCCUACUGUGAAGUGGAUAUCGCCAAGUUCUCUGACAAGGUCAACCAGCUGACUGACCGCUGGCAGAGGAUUGAAAAGGAGAUUGAUGACAGGUCAUGGGAAUUAGAAAAACAAGGCAAGCAACUGAGAAAUUACCGAGACCUGCACCAGGCAUUAAGCAAGUGGAUCAGUGAUACCAAGCACAAGCAGGACACAUUGGAAUCUUCCAAACUUACAGAUUCCACUGCUGUUGCCAGAUACUUAAAUGAACAAAAGAGUUUGAAUGUAGAAAUUCAGGGUAAACGAGACAAAGUGGAAGAGGUCAUGAAAACUGCAGAUCUGUGUGCUUCAUCCAUCAAGGAUUAUGAGCUCCAGUUAGCAUCUUAUAGCUCAGGACUGGAAACGUUGCUUAAUAUCCCAAUAAAAAGGACAAUGGUUCAAUCUCCUUCAGGAAUCAUACUGCAAGAGUCUGCCGAAAUUCAAGCUCGCUAUAUUGAACUACUUACAAGAGGAAAUGAUUUCUAUAGACUUCUGCAUGAAAUCUCAAAGAGCAUGGAAGAUUUGAAGAUGAAAAACACUAGAAUUGAAUUGCUGGAAGAAGAACUACGUCUUGCAAGAGAUGCAAAUUCAGACAAUUCCCACAAAAAUAAGUUUCUUGAUCAAAAUCUGCAGAAAUACCAGACAGAAUGCUCAGAGUAUAAGUCCCGGCUACUCCUACUAGAGGACAUGAAAAGGAAAGCCGAAAUAGAUGGCAGCUCAGCAAAGCAGAACCUCGAGAAGUGCUACAGCCAGAUUUCUGAGCUUAAUGAAAAGAUAACACGAUUAACCUAUGAGAUUGAUGAUGAGAGGCGGAGGAGAAAAGCAUUAGAGGAAAGGUGUGACCUACACAAGAAUGAGUUUGACCAAUUGCAACAAAAGCGGCAGAUUGAUCUUGAGGGCAUCAACCGUCAAAAAAUAGACUAUGAAAAGAUAACCAAGGAGAAGGAGUAUGAGCUAGAAAGAUUGAGAAUUCGUCUACAGGACGAGGGCCAGCGGAAGCAGGAGUAUGAAAGUGAGCUGUCAAAGGUAAGGAAGCAGUAUAGUGACGAGAUCAAUAGUUUGAGGAACAAAUAUGAAUCAGAAAUUAACAUUACGAAGACCACAAUUCAGCAAAUAACUGUUCAAAAAGAAGAGGACACAUAUGAACUCAGAGCACAGAUGGAAAAACUAGCCAGAGAAAACAGAGACCUUACCCAGGAAAUUACUCGACUAAAUGAGACAAUAGUACAAUCAAAUGAGCAGAGAAGAAGGGCAGAAGAAGAUGCUCUUCAGCAAAAAGCCUCUGGUUCUGAACUUUCUCAGAGAAAGCAGCAUCUAGAGAUUGAGAUACAGAAGUUAAUUCAUACUCAUUCUGAAGACAGUGCUAGAUACAAGAUGUCCCUAGAAGAAGCUGCCAGGACAAUUAAGGAACGAAACAGUGAGGUUGAAAAGUUAAAGUACCAACUUCAAGAGGAGGCCGCACGUCAGAGACAAUAUGAAAACGAGCUGGUUAAGGUAAGAAACGAUUAUGACGAACAGCUUAUAACUUUAAGGAGCAAGUAUGAGUCAGAAAUUAAGAUCACAAAAACUACCAUCCAUGAGGUAACUGUUCAAAAAGACGAUAACAUCAAUGAUUUGAGUGCACAGGUUGACAAUUUAAUGAGCGAAAAGAGAGACUUGCUUACAGAGGUAAAUAGACUAAAAACCUCUAUAACACAAAUGACACACAACCUCAAGAAAACAGAGGAUGAUGCUCAUCAGCAAAAAUCCUACUCCUCUGAGAUAUCCCAGAAAAAACAGCAGCUGGAAAUUGAGCUGAAACAAAUCAUUACCCUUCGAAAAGAAGAGGAGCAGAGAUACAAAAAAUCUCUUGAUGAUGCUGCCAAAACAAUUCAGGAGCGCAACAAGGAAGUUGAGCGUGUGAAGAAGCUUUUAGAGGUUGAAACCGAUCAAAGGAAAAAACUUGAAGAUGAGCAUGUCAAAUUACAGCGGACCCAAUUUGAUCUGCAGAAAGCAAAUACCAGUGCCUCAGAGACUAUAAGUAAAUUAAAGAUUCAGGAACAAGAAUUGUUCAGAGUUAAAACAGACUAUGAAAAAUUGUUUGUAGAAAAACAAAGUAAAGAAAGUGAGAUAACAAGACUUCAAGCCAGUUUCAAAGAAAUGCAGACGCUCAAGCUAAAAUUAGAGGAUGAAAUUAACAGGCAAAAAAGGAUUGCCACAGAUGAGCAUGCAAACAAUAAGAAAUUGGGAGAUGAGCUAGAAAGCUUUAGAAGAACCAAUAGUGAACAGCUGAAAAAAAUCACCAGUCUUACACAGCAAAUAGAACAGAUUUCUAUUGUUAAAAAACAAACCGAAGAAGAUUUGAGGCAGCAGAGGGAGUCUUUAGACAGUCAACUUAGGGAUAAGCAGAGAAAUAUUGAUGAGUUGAGUAAACUUGUAGCCGAGGUGGAGAGUCUACGUCGACAGCUGCAUGUUGAACAAGAAAACUUAAGGCAGGCUCAUGGGCGAAAUGAGCAUUUACAGAAAACUAUUGAGGAGAGGAAUAAAAGCCUGAAUGAGUGUAAAAUUGAGAUAGAAAAGUUGCAGUCAAUCACAGAAAACCUUACCAAAGAACACCUGAGGUUAGAGGAGGAGUUGCGGUAUGUGCGACUGGAGAAUGAGGAAGUCAAGAAGAAUAAAGAUGAAGUGGAUGGUGAAAAAACUGCAACCAUUACGGAGUUAAAGAACCAACUACAAACGAGCAACAAGCGGUCCUUGGAGCUGCAGGGCCUGAUUAAUGAGUUACAGAAAGAAAGGCAAAAUUUGAGACAGGAAAUUGAAAAAUUCCAAAAGCAAGCAUUAGAGGCCAAUAAUAAGAUACAUGAGAGCAGUAGCAAGUACUCCGAAAUUAUUAAGGAAAAGGAGAGCCUUCUCAUGAAAAUAAAACUUCUUGAGCAAGAUAAGGCAAGGCUGCAAAGGCUUGAAGAUGAACUAAACCGUGCAAAGGCUGCUCUAGACUCUGAAACGCGUCUUAAGCAACGCCUAGAAGACGAGAAACAACAAAUCCGAAAUGAGUUCAAUCAGUGGAAGAGCCAAUAUACCCGCAAGGAUGAUGAUGUGAAGAGAGUUGAAACUAGUUUGGAGAGAAGUGAGAGGGACAAAGUUGGACUUAAGAGUGAGAUUGAAAGGCUGCAGUCAGAAAUCCGAUCCAUUGAAGAACGAUAUCGGCGUAAAUUAGAAGAAACCAGUAUGACCCAAUCUGAAUUGGAAGCACGACGAUUAGCAUUAGAAAGGGAGCUGGAAAAUCUUAAGAGGCGCCCUCUUACCACAAAUAUUCAAACUCAAACUGAUGAAGAUGCAUCGAAAUUUGUAUUUGAUGGACUUAGAAAAAAAAUUACAGCUCUUCAACUUCUUGAAUGUCAAAUAAUAACCAAAUCAACUUUUGAUAAGCUUGUAAAGGGGCAAAAAUCAGUAGAAGAGGUUGCUGCAGAAAUAGAACCUUCUCUAAAAGGUGCUGGUGCUAUAGCAGGUGUUUCAGUUACACCUAAAGAGAAAUACACACUAGUCGAUGCCCAAAGAAAAAAGCUAAUUUCACCUGAAAGCACUGUAAUGCUGCUAGAGGCACAAGCUGCUACUGGAGGAAUAAUUGACCUGCAAAGGAAUGAGAAGCUGACAGUAGACAAUGCUAUAGCAAGAGAUCUUAUAGAAUUCCAAGACAGAGAGGCUGUAUAUACAGCCGAAAAAGCAGUCACUGGCUUUAAAGAUCCUUUCUCUGGAAAAAUAGUAGCUGUUGCAGAAGCUAUCAAGAAAAAUUUAAUUAGUCGGGAGGUAGGCCUCCGUCUUCUAGAGGCUCAACUAGCAGCAGGAGGAAUUGUUGACCCAGUCAACAGUAUCUUCCUACCGUUAGAAGUUGCACUAUCACGAGGUCUGAUUGACAGAGACAUACACAGAACAUUAAAUGAUCCAAAUGAUGAUGCUAAAAAAUUCAUUGAACCAGUCACAAAGAAAAAUGUCAGCUAUGCUGAGCUUAGAAAGAAAUGCAGGAUUGAGCCACACACAGGAUUUCUUCUGCUGCCUGUUAUGAAGAAAAGUCUUUCAUUCCAGGGUAUUCGAAAUCAUGUCCCAAUAAAUGAGCUAGUGGAAUCUGGUAUCAUACGGCCUUCUACAGCUGAUCAGUUAGAAUCUGGACAGAUAACUGUAGAAGAAGUCAGUAAGGAUAUCCAAGUCUUUUUGCAGGGAUCUAGCUGUAUUGCUGGUAUUUACAAUGACGCAACAAAAGAAAAACUGGGUAUUUAUGAUGCAAUGAAGAAAGGCUUGUUGAGACCUGGCACUACACUUGAACUUUUAGAAGCCCAAGCUGCCACUGGCUUUAUUGUUGAUCCUGUUAAUAAUCUCAGACUUCCAGUCGAAGAAGCAUACCGGAGAGGUCUUGUUGGAAUUGAAUUCAAGGAAAAACUUGUAUCUGCGGAAAGAGCAGUUACUGGAUACAAAGACCCAGAAACUGGAAAUAUUAUAUCCUUGUUCCAGGCAAUGAAUAAAGAACUUAUUGAGAAAGGCCAUGGUAUCCGUUUGUUGGAAGCACAGAUUGCUACUGGUGGCAUUAUUGAUCCCAAAGCAAGUCAUCGUUUGCCAGUUGAUGUUGCGUAUAAACGUGGAUAUUUCAACAAACACAUGAAUGAAAUUCUUUCUGAUCCAAGUGAUGACACGAAGGGAUUUUUUGAUCCCAACACAGAAGAGAAUCUGACAUAUCUGCAGCUAAAAGAAAGGUGCAUUGUGGAUGAGAAGACCAACCUAUGCUUGCUACCUCUUAGAGAGAAGAAAAAGGCAGUUCAGACCUCACAAAAAAAUACCCUUAGAAAACGUAGAGUUGUGAUAGUUGAUCCAGACACAAACCGAGAAAUGACUGUACUGGAAGCCUAUAAUAAAGGCCUCAUUGAUUACGCCACUUAUGUUGACCUAUCGGAACAGGAAUGCGAAUGGGAAGAAAUUACAAUUACAGGAUCUGAUGGAUCCACAAGAGUUGUACUUGUUGAUCGAAAAACCGGAAACCAGUAUGAUGUCCAAGAAUCAAUAGAGGUGGGCCUGAUAAGCAAAUCUGAUUUUGACAAAUAUCGUGGUGGUUCCUUAAGCCUAACUCAGUUUGCAGAUAUGAUCUCCAACAAAAGUCUUAGUGAUGAUGUUUUAAUUUCAUCAAGGCAAGAUUCGGUUUCCUCUUCAACUAGGUUUCGAAGUGGUUCAUGGUCAAAAAGUGGUUCAUUUUCUGACGCAUUAGAAGAAACCACUCCUAUUGCUGCAAUAUUCGAUACUGAGACCAUAGAGAAGAUCUCCAUCUCAGAAGGUAUCAAACGUGGAAUUGUUGACACAAUAACUGGGCAGCGUUUACUGGAAGCACAAGCUUGUACUGGUGGUAUAAUCCAUCCUACCACAGGGAAAAGAAUGUCUAUUCAAGAUGCUGCUAACCAGGGUAUUAUAGAUCAUGAUAUGUCUGCCAGGCUUAAGCAGGCGCAGAAAGCCUAUUCUGGAUUUGAUGGCGUAAGAGGGUCCAAAAAACUAUCUGCUGCAGAAGCAAUGAAAGUAAAUUGGCUGCCUUAUGAAGCUGGACAACGCUUUCUAGAAUUCCAGUAUAUGACAGGAGGCCUUAUUGAUCCAGAAACACAGUUAAGAGUAACUACAGAGGAAGCUAUUCGAAAAGGCAUGAUUGAUGGUCGUGCAGCACAAAAACUACGCGAUAUAUCAAACUAUCCAAAAGUUCUCACUUGUCCUAAAACUAAACUGAAAAUAUCCUAUAAAGAUGCAAUGGAUCGCUCUAUGGUUGAAGACACAACAGGUUUGCGGAUGCUGGAAGCUUCUUCAGUUUCCUCUAAAGGCAUAAGUAGCCCAUAUAAUGUCUCUUCUGCACCAGGAUCACGGUCUGGAUCUCGGCCUGGUUCACGAAGUGGUUCACGAAGAGGAAGUUUUGAUGCUACAAGCACAACCACUUACAGCAGCUCUUCCUUCCAAUCUGUUGGCAGUUCUUUAGUGGGUCUCUAAAUGGUAGAAUACUUUCAAUAAUAUGUGUUUAUUCAUUUGUAAUUUUUUUUUUUUUUAUUAGUUUUGCAGCAAAGGCUACUAGUUUCCUAAAAAAAAAAAAUAAAAAAAAAAAUAAGUAAAAGCAGAAUAACGUGGGUUGGAGGGGUACAAGUUUUCCCAAAUGUAUUCAUCUAGAAUGUACUCCAGGCACUGACACGAAUUAAUUUUAUUAUGAUAGGCUUUACACAGGGCUAUUCAAACAUGAAAUUAUUAGGCAUGAAUUAUAGUAUUUACCAGUGUUUUUAGCAGCAGCUGAUUUGUAUUGCAGUUAACAUUUUCUGUGUAUUGU